UUCCUCUUGAGCCGAAAGCUAGCAUAAUGUUAGAACAGCUGAUUUUCAACCACUUGAAUCACUUUUAGUCAUUGUCCGAAUUAAGUUUGUUUGGGUUUAUUAAAAUUAAAAUUUGAAGUCAGAUAUUAUAAAUAUUAGCCAAUAUGCAUGGUCGAGUCAAAGUGCGUACCACGGAGGAGGAGCGGGAGCGCAAAAAGAAAGAGCAGGUGCUCAAGAUGCGCGCCUAUCGAGCUGCCAUGACUCGCAUUCAGAAGAAACGCAGCCUGAGCGAACUCGAUGACGAAAUGCUUGGUCUAACUGUCCAAAUACUGCUGCGUAAUCCAGACAUAAACACUCUGUGGAAUAUUCGACGUGAAUGCGUGCUAAGGAAGAUAGCAGAAUUGGAAAAGACUAUUAAGGAAAAUGAAACAAGAGACAUACAGAAGGUGGAGGAGCACAGCGAGGGCGACAAGAAGACAGACGAUGAGAAGGAAGUUGAUAAGAAGGAGGUCUUGGCUCAACAGCUUCAGUCGAUCUAUAAAACGGAACUAGAGCUAACCGAACAGUGCCUGAUGGUCAAUCCGAAGUCUUACAAUAGCUGGCAUCACCGCUGCUGGACCUUGGAACAGAAUCCUGAAGCCGAUUGGCAACGGGAGGUGCAGCUGUGCAACAAGUACUUGAAAUACGAUGAGCGUAAUUUUCACACCUGGGACUACAGACGCUAUGUAAGCGAGAAGGCGUCGGUGCCUCCUGAGCAAGAGCUGGACUUUUGCACGGAUAAGAUCAAAGUGAAUUUCUCCAACUACUCCAGCUGGCAUCAUCGCAGUCUGCUGCUGCCCACGCUGUAUCCCAACGAGCAGCAGGAUCGACCCAUGAGCGAGCAUAAGCUAAAAGAGGAGCUGGAAAUGGUGCUAACUGCGGCCUUUACCGAUCCCAACGAUAGCAGUGCCUGGUUCUAUCAGCGCUGGCUCCUGGGCAGCGGAAGGCAAAGCGAGCAGUCAGCCACAGUGGCUGCCUUUCGCUGUUGGCCCUAUAAGGCGCAGCUAUCGCUAAAGAGCUCCUAUCCAGAGCUGUCACAGCUUACGGUGCAGCUGGUCAGCGAACAGCAAACGCUGCAGCUCCAGCCAUGGAAAGCCGUCAACAGCGAAAAGACCCAAUGGCAAUGCGAGCAAGUUAUAGAAAUCGAGCCAAGUCGAGAUUAUUUCUUGGAUGUGGCUGGCCAACGCAAACAGCUCGCCGUGAACCCUAACGAUCAGAGCCUUUACUAUUUUGUGCCGCCACACGCGACCUCCAGUUGCAGCAAGGAGCUGCUCGCUGAGCUGCAAACCCAGCUACAAUCUUGUCUGGAUCUGCUCGAAUACGAGCCGGACAGCAAGUGGACCUUGCUAACUAGUGCGCUACUUAUGCGCGCCAUCGACGUGAACAGCUAUCAUGAGCAGAGCCUGUCGCAUUUGGCCAAACUGGUGCAGGUGGAUGCACUGCGUCAGGGCUACUACAAGGACUUAUCUGCACGCUGGACCAUGGAAAUGGCCUUGGCCAAAUGGCCCACCUCGUCCAAUUAUCCUCAACUAUUCGAGAUGCCCACCGAAAUGUCAAUGACUCCCUACGCUCACUAUCUGAUUGUAGCAGACAAAAUAUCGAGUUGAAUUGAGCAGUUCGUCUGGAUGAUGAUGUCUACUUUUAUCCACACAAUAUUCCAGUUUAGUGAAAGGAUUCUUUAUACACACGUUUUGUAUAUACUUUUUAUAUAAUCAACGCCUCAACGCUAAACACAUAUUUAAAUAAACUUU